AUGAACAGGGUUUCAGGUAUGAGGGGAGGACACCGGCGUGGUGAAGAAGACGAUGGUAGCCUCGCUCAAGGGGCCGGGGGAGGCUGGGGGUGCAGGGGCGUCCAUGGCAGCGGUGAAGGUGGGGGUCAUGGGUUUGGCUUCCACGGCAGGAGCUGCAGGGGUGGAGGUAUUCGUGCCGUGCUCGUCAACGAGAGCCUGCUGCAGCCUCUCGAGGUGAAGAUCGACCCCGAAAUCCAGCACAUCCGAAAGCAGGAGAGAGAGCAGAUGAAGAGCCUCAAUAACCAGUUUGCCUCUUUGAUUGACAAGGUCCAGCGUCUGGAGCAGCAGAACAGGGUGUUGGCCACCAAAUGGGACCUACUCCAAAAGCAGGUCCUGCCAUGCCGUAAGAACAUCAAGCACAUCUUCGACAAUGUCAUCUGCAGCCUGCAGAGGCAGCUGGACUCCUUGUUGCAUGAGAAGGGGCAGAUGGAGCCCGAGCUGAACGACAUGGAGAAGCUUGUUGAAGAGCUCAGGUGCAAAUACCAGCAGGAAGGGAACAGACACACAGCUGCCGAGAACGAGUUUGUGCUCCUGAAGAAGGAUGCGGACUGCGUCUAUCUGGCCAAGGUAGAGCUGGAAGCAAAGGUGGAAACCCUAAAGCAGGAGACAGAGUUCCUGAAAUGUGUUUCUGCUCAGGAAAUUGCGGAGCUGGAGAGAAAUCCCUGUGACACCUCUGUCGUCGUGAAGAUGGACAACAGCCGAGGCCUGGAGAUGGAGGGGGUCCUCAGGAAUGUCGCCGGCUGGUAUGAGGACAUGGCUCAGAAAAGCAAAGUGGAGUUGGAUGCCUUGUACAGGACCAGGUUCCAAGAACUUGAAGAGGCAAAGGGGAGACGUUCCAAUGAACUGAAGUCCCACCAGCAAGAGAUUGAAGAGCUGGGUUUUGUGAUCCAGAGAAGGCAGUGUGACCUUGAAAAUGUGAAGAAGCAGGUCUCCUCUCUGCAAACAUUGGUGUGUGAUGCUGAGCAACAUGGGGACUGUGCCCUGAAAGAUGCCCGGGAGAAGCACAUUGAGCUGCAGAACGCCCUCCAGAAGGCCAAGGACGAGCUGGCUUGCAUGCUGAGGGACUACCAGGAGCUGCUGAACGUCAAGCUGGCCCUGGAUAUCGAGAUUGCGACCUAUAAGACUCUACUGGAGGGUGAAGAGAGCAGGUGGCGAUCACCACCUCUUCCAACACCAUCGCCAGCCGCGCAGCCGAGCUGGCACGCGGAGCUGGAAGACAGUCCAGAAGGUGCAAGUCCUCCUGUAGUGCUGGUGGAGCAUCCCUACCUGAAGAUGCUGGUGCCUGCCACAGAGGAUUCACCUCCAGAAGCGUUUCCAGCUCUGCAGCCAGAAGUGGGGCGCCUGGUCUCCUUGUCUGGUUGUCUAGACUGCCUGCGGUAG